AUGGUUGAGCAAGGCAAAUCACGAAGCAUCCGGGCGAAGGCGAAGAAAUCGCCGUUUGUGGAACUAGAGGCUGACGAGAUUGGCCAGGCUAGUGGUGUGGUGUUCGCAAGGGAAUCAGCGCUGGCGCCUAAGAACGACCAAGGAUGCAGCGUCAGCCAUAGUCAUGGGGACGACGAAACACAGGAAUCGGAUGGGUGCGUGCAAAGCCAGGGGCUAGACGAGCAUGGGUGGGUGGACUUCGGUCACUCACUGCAGCUGGUGCUGUUCUCGCGGCAGUGGAGCCUUGCUGAAAGUCUUGUUGAUCUAGCAGAUCAGCAGUCGAUGCUGGAUUAUGGCCUGUCGAUUGCCCUUGAUGCCAUAUGGUUCUUGCGGACGAAACGGGAUCUUGAGGGGCUCAACAGUCUGAUAGCGAAGAUUGUGGCCUCAGGGGCAAAGGAUUUUGCCAGAGCAAUCCUCAGGACGUCGCUGCUUGCAUCAUGUGUUGCAGCCUGCCAAAGCAAGGCUAUCACUGUGGGUGAUAGCAAGGAGAUUGUCGCAGAGAGAUUGCAUGAACGUCUGCGAGAUUGUCCUGGUGCCGAGCAUCUAAAAAUAGAGGCAGGUGCCAAGGUGCAGAAGUUUAUGGAAUGGGCUUUACAGUGUAUUCAUAUGCACCAUUGUUCUGAAGACACACAUAGGUACAGAUGGAGCUGCAAUACUCUCCAAGAGGUACAGCUUCAUUUAUCAGCAUUUAGAACCUUCUUGGACAUAGCUGGUGACAACUUAAGUGGCAAGAUUUUCACUGAGGCAUUUGAUGCGGUCUGCUUUCCCCUUACACUCUUCUCAAGUUUAUUUGAACCUGGAUGGUCUUCUGGGAGUUCAGCAGUCUCCAUUAAGGGCCUUUUAUCAUUGCUGGUGGAAGGAGGUGCUGACAAUGUAAAUCAGUGUUUCCUUGAAGCAGCACGCUUUGGAAGUACUGAACUUGUACGCAUUCUGCUGGAGGUUGCAUAUCAGAAUAGCUUGGCUGUGGACACUGAGCUGGCUCUAGUGUAUGCCUCUCAUUACUGCAAGUUCAACACAAUGGAAUGCCUAGUUGAUGAAGGGAACGUUGUCCACUGGUUUGUCAGCCGAGGCAUCUCUGAAAUUGAGAUGUGCCUUGCCCUGACGACUGCUACCUCCAGCGGCCAUUUCAUGGUGGCCUCGUACCUGCUUGCACAUAUCCCCCAGCAAAUCCUUGAAGCUCUCAGCACACAGAUCCUCAAAGCUGCGAGGGGCCAGGGCAGCAGGUCGCUUGAUGGUGUCACCUUCCUUCUGAGGUCCAACUUCCUAAGAGACGCAGCUGCAACAUACGAGGCUGCAGACAUCAUUGCAACCGGGGGCACCAACGGCGAGCCCCCGGACCUGGUUGCCUUCCUGAGAGAACACUGGUCCCAGAGUGCGUUUGCUGAAGGGGUGAGCACCGGUGAAAUGCACUUCGUGAAUGUCAUGAGGGUCCUCAGGAGGGGCGCGUCCCCGAUCUGCCUGGAGGACCUCCCGUCUGAGAUGGUGCUCGGCAUCACGUACCUGCCACUGUACCAUGAGUGCGUGAGCGCAGGUGGGCAGCUGCUGCCCCAAAGGCUGAGGGGGGAGCUGCUGGAGGCGGUGCACCGGCUCGGUGAGUCUGCUGGCACGGAGAACCAGGGGAAGGACCUCGUGCGGGCACUGGAGCGGCACAUGCCAUCAUUCUUGGUUGGAUCUUGA